AUGGCAAUGGCAAAUAACAAAACACAAUGUUUUACAUGUAAUAAAGAAAAAAUAACAUUUCCUUGUGAAGGAUGUUCAAAAAGAUUUUGUUUAUUACAUUUAACGGAACAUCAACAAAUAUUAAAUGAAGAAUUACAUCAUAUUAUUAAUGAUUAUGAUCAAUUUAAACAAAGAAUUGAUGAACAAAAACAAAAUCCACAAAAUCAUUCUUUGUUAAAACAAAUUAAUCAAUGGGAACGAGAUUCAAUUGAAAAAAUUCAACAAAAAGCACAGAAUCGUAGAGAAAAUCUCAUUCAAUUUUCACAAGCAUUUAUUGAUGAUAUUGAAAAGAGAUUUAAAGACUUAUCUGAACUAGUAAAACAAAUUCAUGGUGAAGAUGAAUUUAAUGAAAUUAAUUUAAAUUAUUUGAAAAAUCAAUUAAUAGAAAUUAAAGAAGAAUUAAAUAAUUCAUCAAAUAUUUCUAUUCAACAAGAUUCACAAUCAUUUAUUAAUGAGAUUUCAAUUAUUAUAUCAAAAAAACCAAAAUUCAAGAAAUGGAAACAAAAUGCCAUUACUGUGGCUGGUGGAAAUGGACGUGGACAGGAAUUAAACCAACUCAAUAACCCUAUAGGAAUCUUUAUUGAUACGAAGAAAAAUAUUUUCAUUGCUGAUUUUGAAAAUGAUCGUAUUUUUAAAUGGAAAUGUAAUGCAAAGGAAGGACAGAUCAUUGCAGGUGGAAAUGGCAAAGGGAAUCGAAUGAAUCAAUUGAAUUCUCCAGCAGAUAUGAUUGUUGAUCAACAAAAUUAUUCGAUCAUUAUUGCUGAUUGUGCGAACCGACGAGUGAUUCAAUGGUGGAAUCAAAAUCAACAUAUUCUCAUUCACAAUAUUGACUGCCAUAGCCUGGCAAUGGAUAAAAAUGGAUUUCUUUAUGUUUCUGAUCGAGUGAAGAAUGAAGUGCGACGAUGGAAAAUGGAAGAAAACAGCAGAGGAAUUGUAGUGGCAGGUGGAAAUGAAAAAGGAAAUCAACUAAAUCAACUUGAUUGUCCAACUUUUAUCUUUAUUGAUGAGGAUCAAUCUGUUUAUGUAUCAGAUAGAGAAAAUCAUCGUGUAAUGAAAUGGAGUAAAGGUGCAAAAGAAGGAAGAGUUGUGGCCGGAGGAAACGGUCAAGGAAAAGACCUUAAUCAAUUGUUUUAUCCUCAAGGAGUCAUUGUUGAUCAUUUUAGACAAAUCUAUGUAGCAGAUUGGGGAAAUGAUCGAGUAAUGCGUUGGAGUGAAGGAAAAGAUGAAGGUGAAAUCAUUGUCGGUGGAAAUGGUGAAGGAAAUCAAUCAAAUCAACUAGAACACCCCUGUGGUUUAUCUUUUGAUGAUGAAGGAAAUCUUUAUGUUGCUGAUACUUGGAAUCAUCGGAUCGAAAAAUUUGAAAUAAUUUUGUAA